AUGCCGACAACCAAGCUCGGGUUGAGCGGUAUCAUGAUCCAGACCCAGGCCCCGAAGCUCGCGGCGGAGAUGAACGUGACCCACUUCACCGCGAGCAACGGCUGGCUACAUCGCUUCCUUUCUCGCUACGGCCUCGUGCACAUCAACCUGCACGGGGAAGCUGGUGACGUGAACAAGGCUGCGGCUGAGAAGAAAAUCGCGCAGAUUCGGGAGCAGCUUGAGGGCUUUGACGUCGAGUUGAUCUUCAACAUGGACGAGACGGGGCUUUUCCACCGCUGUUCCAGAGGGGCACCGGGACUCAACCAGAAGAACGCGCGGGGAUCGAAGGCCAUGAAGGCCAAGGAUCGGUGCACUGUUGUCGCCUGCUGCAACACCACCGGGUCGCUCAAGGUGCCGCUGGCCGUCAUCCACACGGCGAAAGACCCCAUGGUUUUCCGCCACCGGUGGUUCGACAAAGUCUUCGUCCCCUUUGUCAAGAAGACGACUGGGAAGAAGGUGGCUCUCUUGUGGGACAACUGCCCAGGCCACCGCAUCAAGAACGACGACCCGCAAAUCGUCAUCAUCUUUCUGCCCCCCAACGUCAUGUCCGUCUUUCAGCCUAUGGACAUGGGGAUCCUGUUUGCUCUCAAGUGCCAGUACAAGACGGAGAUGGUGAUGAGGUUGGCGGCCCUCAUCGAGGACUGGGAUACAGCGCGUGCGCGCCAAAUCCGAACGGGCUGCAGGGGCCUGAACGACGCAGGCCAGCCGACAAUGCUGGAUGUGACGGAGGUCCUUUCCCAAAAGUGGGAGAGCUUUUCGGACCAGACUGUGAUCAGGUGCUGGCUCAAGGCCACCAUUCGUCCUGGGGAGCACGAGAGCGCGCUCAAGGACAACGACACGCGGUUGGACCGAGAAGACCCGGGGGCGACCGCCCUGGACGACCUGUGCGAUAUGGUCGAGAAGAUGUCCAUGCCGGAGAGUGCCAAGGACCUGGACGCUAGGUCUAAGCCGCGAGUGUUGACGGACAACAUGGGCUGCAGGGGCCUGAACGACGCAGGCCAGCCGACAAUGCUGGAUGUGACGGAGGUCCUUUCCCAAAAGUGGGAGAGCUUUUCGGACCAGACUGUGAUCAGGUGCUGGCUCAAGGCCACCAUUCGUCCUGGGGAGCACGAGAGCGCGCUCAAGGACAACGACACGCGGUUGGACCGAGAAGACCCGGGGGCGACCGCCCUGGACGACCUGUGCGAUAUGGUCGAGAAGAUGUCCAUGCCGGAGAGUGCCAAGGACCUGGACGCUAGGUCUAAGCCGCGAGUGUUGACGGACAACAUGUUCGUCGAGAGCGCCUCUGGCCUCACAGAAGCAGUGCGCAGCGCAAUGCGUACUUAGCUUAGUGUAGAGGACGAUGAAGAGGUCUUGAGGAAUGAGGUAGAACUCGAGAUGGAAGAGGUAACGGAGAACAUGUCAAACGUACACGUCGAGGAGGACGUGUCCAGUGGAGAGGAAGGCGAUCAAGGUAGGCCAGUCGUGCAUAAAUCUACGAUUUCAGAGGGCGAGGCUCGCUCUCGUCUCGAAGAUGUCCGCUCUUACUUGUACACACAUGGAAGAGACGACGAGUACAGCGAAACAGCGUACCUUCUUUCAAAGACUGUGCAUUCGUUUACUCAUGAAACUCAGGUCAAGCGAAGAGCAAAGGAGGG